UAGGCGGGGCGUUCAGAGAAGGGAGGGGCGAGGAUCCGGGCCAGGCAGCUGGGGCGUGCUUCUUGGAGGUAGCCAUGGCGUGUGGCUUCCGCAGGUCAAUCGCCUGUCAGCUUUCCAGACUUUUGGAUCUUCCACCAGAAAACUUGAUCAAGUCAAUAUCUGCAGUUCCAAUUUCCAGAAAAGAAGAAGUAGCUGAUUUUCAGCUUUCUGUGGAUUCUUUAUUGGGAAACAACAAUGACCAUUCAAGACCAGAUAUUCAAGUUCAAGCCACGAGACUGGCAGAGAAGCUAAAAUGUGAUACAGUGGUAAGUGAAAUCAGCACUGGUCAAGGGACUGUAAAUUUCAAAAUAAACAGAGAACUAUUAACAAAGACAGUACUACAACAAGUAAUCAAAGAUGGCUCAAAAUAUGGGUUAAACAGUGAGCUAUUCUCUGGUCUUCCCCAGAAGAAGAUCGUGGUUGAAUUUAGUUCACCUAAUGUUGCCAAAAAAUUUCACGUUGGACAUUUGCGUUCUACCAUCAUAGGAAAUUUUAUAGCAAAUCUCAAAGAAGCUUUAGGACAUCAAGUCACCAGAAUAAAUUACCUUGGAGAUUGGGGCAUGCAGUUUGGUCUUCUGGGAACUGGCUUCCAACUGUUUGGCUAUGAAGAAAAACUUCAGUCCAAUCCUUUACAGCACCUCUUUGAAGUUUAUGUACAAGUUAAUAAAGAAGCAGCAGAUAAUAAAAAUGUAGCAAAAUCAGCGCAUGAGUUCUUUCAGCGAUUAGAACUGGGUGACAUGCAAGCACUUGAACUGUGGCAGAAAUUUCGAGACCUGAGCGUAGAAGAAUACGUGCGGAUUUACAAGCGUCUAGGAGUACACUUUGAUGAAUAUUCAGGAGAAUCAUUUUAUCGUGAAAAAUCUCAAGAAGUCUUAAAAUUGCUGGACAGUAAAGGACUCCUGCAGAAAACAAUAAAAGGAACAGCUAUAGUGAAUCUUUCUGGAAAUGGUGACCCCUCCUCAAUUUGUACUGUAAUGCGAAGCGAUGGGACUUCUCUCUACGCAACCAGAGAUCUUGCAGCUGCUAUAGAUCGAAUGGACAAGUAUAAUUUUGAUACAAUGAUUUAUGUGACAGAUAAAGGGCAAAAAAAGCAUUUCCAGCAAGUGUUCCAAAUGCUGCAGAUCAUGGGAUAUGACUGGGCAGAAAGGUGCCAGCACGUGCCCUUUGGAGUGGUGCAGGGAAUGAAGACUCGAAGAGGAGAGGUUACCUUUCUGGAAGAUGUUCUAAAUGAGAUUCGAUCAAGGAUGCUACAGAACAUGGCUUCUAUUAAGACUACCAAAGAAGUGGAGAACCCACAGGAGACUGCAGAGAGGGUCGGGCUUGCAGCACUCAUUAUUCAGGACUUCAAAGGUGUGCUCUUGUCUGACUAUCAGUUCAGCUGGGAUCGUAUUUUCCAGAGUCGUGGGGACACAGGAGUCUUCCUACAGUACACGCAUGCUCGCCUCCACAGUUUGGAAGAGACUUUUGGAUGUGGUUAUCUAAAUGAUUUCAACACUGCUUGUUUACAAGAACCACAGUCUGUUUCCAUUCUUCAGCAUCUUCUCAGGUUUGAUGAAGUGCUUUAUAGAUCAUCUCAGGACCUUCAACCCAGGCACAUUGUCAGUUACCUUCUAACUCUAAGUCAUCUUGCAGGUAUGGCACACAAGACACUGCAUAUAAAAGACAGUCCUCCUGAAGUGGCUGGGGCCAGACUUCAUCUUUUCAGAGCUGUGCGUUCUGUGCUAGCCAAUGGAAUGAAACUUCUUGGAAUAACACCUUAUUCCUUAGGAGAAAAGUCAUAAGGAUUUGUUGAGCAUAAGGAUCAGAAGUACAAUUAAAAGUUCACCAAAAUCAGGUAAGAAAUAUAUCUAAAGGAGGGCCUAUAAGUAGUGAUACUGAAAUGGUAAGUGGUUGGCCUUCUACAGAAUACUUACUGGGUGCCAGGCACUAUUCUAAUCACUUUACCUAAAACAACCCAGGAGACUAUCCGUCCCACUUUACAGAUGAAGAAACUGAGACACAGGUUAAGUAACUUCCCCAAAGUUGCACAACUAAUAAAUUUUUUUAAAGAUUUCUACAAGCUUGAUGUUCCUCUAUUUGCAUUUAUAACAAUAAUCAAUUUUAAAAUCAAACAUAAAUACAGGCCAAGUCUGUUUCUUUUACUUAUUGCCGAUAUUUCACAGAUUGUGGUAUAAUUGAUCAGUAAGGAAAAUGAUUAUUACAGCACCCUGAAAUGUUAAAUAAUUCAGGAUCCAACUUAAUGCUGGGUGUAGGCUAGGGAAGUCUAUAUUAGAAGGACUAGUACAGUGAUGGUGCCAGAAUGCCAGCUAUCAUAAUGAAUUUUGUACUAAUUACAUAUUAUAAGAAACAAAAAUACCUUUAUACCUACGUCCAAAAGUUAGGAAGGUACAAACUAAGGGGGACAUGAAAGAAUUUUCUGUUCUUUCCCCCUCAUAAAAAGCCUUGUUUACUGUAACUGCACUGCUGAAAAUAAUCAUUCCCUAAAGUCCUUGUAUUUCCUUGCAAACCUAAUCAUACUAUAUUCACCGAGAAGUAUUCAGGUUGUCUUGUAUCUAAAACCAGGGAAACAGGGAGGUCCUGACUACAGAAAGGCUCUUUGUAGUAACUCAGUAGCCCUGUCACUUUCAGUAGAACCAGUACCCCUCAGCUAAGCUCUAGGACCAUGGAAACAACCUCAGUACUGGUGACCCACAUCCCAUAAGAUAAUGAACUUCUGCAUUUGUAGAAUAAACUAUAACAAAACAAGGAAUUUAUGACCAACUGCCAUAUUUAAGGAGUCAAGGAAGUGAGAAGCUCUUUUAAAAACUUAAAAAUACAAACUAAGACAUACUUAUCUGCAACCCAAAUAGCAUCACUGAAGCGAUGGUAGAAAGGACAAUGGCUGCUGCUGCAGAAAAGCCCUUCAUGAUGUUGUCUGUGUACUUGACCACGACAGAAGUGUAGAGGCCUCCAACACUUGCAAGAACUUGUAUACAGAAAGAAAGAAAAUCUUAACACUCGAAAAAUGAAACAUUCUAUGAUGGUGAAGCAGUUUUCACCCCCAGAGAUGCCAUACUAAUUUACCUAGGAAAAUACGAUUUUCCUUAGAAGCAGCCAUCUGAGAGAGUUUGUACUAAAAUCGAGUAAUAGUUCCUAUAAAACAACAUUGUUUUUCACAUGCCCAGAGGGCUAUGUGCUCUACUACUAAAUUGUACACAUUUAUUGCUAACACAUUAGAUACUACUGAUCGUGAAGGCAAAAUUGCUUUGGGAGAGUUACGCCACAAAGUCAGUCAAUAAAACCAAAAUUACAUUUUCAAACGUGUUCACAGUAGCAGAGGAACAAUUUCAAAAUGCUAUCAAAGGCUUAAAACAGACUUUUUUUUUUUUUUUAAAGGAUCUACCCAGAACUUGUUAAUUCCUGGAUACUUACAGAUGACAAACCAGACAUAAUAUGUGUAACCAUAGAAAAAUCCUUUUUCUUUAAUUUCAGCUCCAUCUGACAAGUAGACGCCAACUAAUGUCACAACAAUCCCUGAUAGAUACAUUUGAAUGUUUCUCACCCAGAGGGAAGUGUCUGAACUCUUUAAAACUUUUUCAAAGUACACUCCUGGAAAAAAAUUAGAUAUGCAAAUAUGAAAGAUAUUAAAAAUUAAUUUAAAAUUCCCUUCAUUUAGAACAAUAACCUAGACCUAUGACAAUAUAAAAGUAUAUGAUUCAGGGAACAAACACAUUUUACAUCAAGUGCACAUUUAUUAUGCUGGUUGUGACAUGGCAUUUUGACAUUAGCAACAGGUAUUUUUAUACAGCAUAUAAAAUCAGUAACUAAGAGGGAAUUUUCUAACCCACAUACAACAGGAAACUCAUAAAUUAUUAAGAACAGUUUCUCCCAUUACUGUAGCAGUAAGAUCACAGAAGCUUUCUGUUAAUGCCAAUAAUAGACUUCUUUUGGUCAGCAGGAAAACUAUACUAUUAGAGUCAAUUAUCUUAAUCAUAUCCCUCUAAUAUCUGCCUAGUAAUGAAAACUCCCAGCUUUACAAAAUAACCUAUAUAAUAACCACUUGGGAUUUUUUUCAGAGUAACAUAACCAAAAUAAAAUUUAAAUAGAAAUUGCUGAGUGAAGCCAUUUUCCUUUAAAGCAGGGUUCCACAAACCAAGUUCUUAAUGUCAGAAAAACCAUGAACUCACUCACUAGAUAAUACAUUUUGUAUGUAUGUACAUUUUCUUGGGGUUGAGGGUCCAUAGUUUUUCCAGAUACUCCAGAAAAGCAAAUGACUCAUCAUACACAUGCAAAAUCACAUACCACUAAGUUUUAUACUUAAAAUGAACACAUGGAGACAUUCAAGGAUAUUAAAGAUUUUCAUUAUAAACACAUUAAUUACAGACUUAGAAACUGCCACUCAAAUACUAAUCAACUAAAAAUUAUAAUGGAAAAGUUGUUUUUGGUGAAUGUGCGCUAGAGCCAGAGAACGGAAAGAAACAUGUAAUGGUUAUUCCUAUUCCCAUUUUUAAAAGUCUAAUAGCAUAUUUCUUGGGUAACUCAAUUUUUAUUUCUAAUUUGCUAGUUCCUAAGGAUAAAAAUUUAGCAUGAUGCUAUCAUUAAAUAUAUGUCUCAAUUUAGAUCUUCCCCUUUUAUCAAAGAUCUUUUUCACAAGCAAUAUUUCACUUCCACAUCCAGCCUACUUUCCUAAUCAAAAAUAAAAAGAAUCCUAACUCUUGAAAUAGCACAAAUAAAGAUAAAUAAUAAAAACAUAGCUAUGACUAAUAUAUUCUUUACUAAAAGAAAAUUCAGGUUCUUCUCUAUUGGAACUAUUUCUAAAACAUAUGUUGCACUUAACAUUAAUACCUUGUCUCUUCUUGAUUAAGUGGAGGAUUGUUCCUACACAUAUGACUCUAGACUUCCAUGUUUAUUUUAUGUUAAUGAUUUUGGUUCUCAUCCCUCCCUUUUUGGCUGUUACUUUUAUGUAUUAACUUUUCGGUGAGGUACUCUCCACCCCACCCCCUUUUCUCCCUACUCCAUAAUUUCUAAUCUAUUAGAGGAAGAACUUGAGGGUAACAGGAAAAAACAGAUACUGAGCUGGCAACUUCAUAUCCCACAGCAAGAGGAUAUUGCCUGAAGAUAGUGCCACUUCCAGGAAAUGGAAAGAGGUACUGGAGCUUUCUAACUGCUCACUUGUCCAUUGUUAGAAGUCUUUGUUCACUUUUGGGUUCUUAUCUGGACUGAAGAUGGUCAACAUGACAUAAAUAUGUUCUUAGAUUACUGCAAGUAUGAGUAAUGUCUUAGGUCUGAACCGAAUUAAACACUACCACACAUUUGCUGAAAAAACAGCUGACACAAAACUAUAAGUAGGAAGAUAAGCCUUAUUGGGAAUAAAAUGGUUACAAUAAAAUAAUAUAAACUAGAUCCCUAUUUAAUGUUUUUUUUAGAAAAUUUAACAGAACAAAGCAAUGCAUUUAUGAUUUACCUGCAAAUCCUGAGCACAAUACAGCAAUAGCUAUAGCGCCAAACCCUAACAAUGGGUUCUGUUCCACCUGCAAUAAUGUUUCAAAAGUUGUUAGUGACUCAUAAAUAGAAUUCAUCCAAGAGAUCAAAUGACUACAAAAAUUUGUUAUGGUUCUAUUGAGAGUAUGUGCCACAUCAGACACAGCUAGUCUACAGACUAAGAUAGAAACAAACAAAAGGCCAUCCCAGAGAUUAACCAAAGCACUUAAAUUAAAAAGCUGUCCCUCAAAUUGCAGCCAUGCUUACCGAACAUGUGUGCCUAUUCCUAAUAACAGGCAGGCAGUCAUCCUAGCACAGAAUUUUGCAUUGUCAGCCUGCCUCUUAAUUUUAACUUCUGCCACCACGUUAACUCAAGCCCUAAUAGCCUCAAUCACAGAAAUGGUAACAGUUUAACUCUUGUAUUUCCUAUCACCUGCAGAAUGAAGUAAUGACUUUAAGAUUUCCUACUUUACUAAAUUUCUAUCAAAUAUUAAUAGUAUCCUUCUAUGUACCAGAUACAGUCUUAUGUACUAAAUGAAUAAAAAUAAAAGAUGAUACACAGCUGUGGUUCUUAAAUAGUUCAUGGAUGAGAGAGAUUGACAGAUGUAUAUAAUUCUGUGCUAAAAGAUGCAUGUAUAUGUGCCCUAACCUAUUUCAACUUUAUUUUCUCUUUCUUCCCUAAACUAACCCUUAAGGAACUUUCAUCAGUCUUUCCUCAGAGAUAAAUACUAUCUCAGUAGUAACACUGAAACUAAAGAGUAGAGACACAUGACUAUACUAUGACAAGCACAUACCUUGUUCAAAAUAAACAGCCUGAUAUAGGUGAGUAUUGCUUUAUGUUAAAUGUCUGAGAGAGAAAGCUUGGUCUAAGUGAUUGCAACUGUUAUUGUUAUUAAUGACUUACUAGCAAAACGCGAGAACAGAUGACAUAAAAAGUUUAAUGGUCAUCACUAGAAAAUAAUAUGGCUUCGCUAAGAAUGAGACAUACCAAAUUUCCUUAUGAAGGGAUUCUUAGUAUGAUGAGGGGAAUUCUAUAGAGACAGUAUUUUGAAAAAAAAAAAAAAAAGACAAAUCUACAUAAUAUUUUUGUGAAACAGACAGAAAUGUAUUGAGAAUAGUAGUACAAUUCUAUCCAUAGCUGAGUGAAUUCUCAUACAGCAAAGUGCUAACAGAAUAAAAUCAAGCUAGACCAACAACCAAUACCAGUUUGCUAGGCAUAUGAAUGAGCCACCUUAGAAACAUCCUCUAGGCCCAGUCAGGCCUUCAGUUGACUGCUGCCAUAGCCAAUAUCUUGAUUGCAACUUUCAAGAGACCUCAAGCCAGAACUACCUAGCUAAGGCACUCUCAAAUUCCUGGCAGACCUAUAAAAACUAUGAGAGAAGAGAAGGAUUAUUGAUCAAGAGGGGGGAAAAGUCCAGCUAGAGAGAGAUCUAAAAGCAUAGCCACAGAACUCUGGUCCUCUCCUGUCUAAAUUUUUAGGGAAGACCCAAAGACAUAUUUGUCGAAUCUGUAGAACACUAACAACUUAAAAACCUAAUAAUGGAUAAUAAGAUCUGGAAGGACCUCAAACGCCUGAAUGAUGAACCAAAGCUAACAAGAUACUAAAAUAAAUACAUCCUGCAUUUUGGUUAGAAGAACCAGCCCACUGCACAUGACACAUUUGAAAUAAACUAUGUUGUGUGAAA